CUCUUUCGUCCAGCUGGAGGCGCUGUGCGACGGUUUCCACUUUAAAACGAAGCCAACUUCCGGUUAGCUUAGCUUUGUGAAAACGAACACGCUAGGACAACGGAGUCGGUUCUGGAAGGUCGAAGCUGAGGGCCAUGGCUCGUGGGCAGCAGAAGAUCCAGUCCCAGCAGAAGAAUGCCAAGAAGGCAGCAGAGAAGAAGAAAGGCCAGGGCGCUGACCAGAAGACUGCCGCCAAGGCCGCGCUCGUCCACACCUGCCCUGUGUGCCGGACACAAAUGCCCGACCCGAAGACCUUCAAGCAGCACUUUGAGAGCAAACAUCCCAAGUGCCCGAUGCCCCCCGAGCUGGCCGACGUUCAGGCGUAAACACUCCGGUCUGGGUUCACGGAUUAGACGCUACGUUUCAGCCCAUGAAGAAUGCUGACGUGCACUAGGACCUGUUGGUACUCGAGCGUGUCCGUAUUAGUGUGUGUGUACGUGGAAACGGGGCAGAUGCACACCAGCAGCCUUUUUAACAUUUAUCGUACACUUUCCUUUCUUCGGGUAAAAAGGUGAAGUUUAUUAAGAAGUGUCAUCUGCUGAUUAAAGUUAUUUGCGACUAGAGAGGCUGGAAGGACUUCCUCACUCACACACGUGACUCUGCUGUUUGGCUCCUUUUGGCAAAUUUAAACACGGUGCAAAGCUGUUCUGAUUUCACUUAACCAAUGAAAUGGAGUAAAAGUGUUGGUGUCCAGUUUACAACUUUACCUCACAUUUAACCACAGCGACUGACUUGGGUCCAAAAGCUUGUUGUCCUCGUCUGUAGAUUAAAGAGAUGCUUUGUAACCCAGAGGGUAAGUUAUUAAGUACUGAGUGACCACGGUCAAAUUUACUAGCUGGCAGAAACCAAACUUGCUGUACUGUUUUUUUUUUAAAGCAUUUUCAAAAAUAAAAUGAACAAUUUAUUUGAAAUGA